GAAAAGCCAUUCUUAUCUACUCGUGAAUCGCCUCUUCAAAUCAACAGUGAAUCCCAAAAACCAUUGAAAGAAAUCCUUCAAAUCCCAAAUCCCAGACUGUCGGUCGUUAACCUAAUCCCUGACCCGCUGAACCUCUGCCCCGGGAAUUUGGAUCGUCACCGCCCAUUCGGACCGAAGAAACUGAACAGCACCAGAAGAAGAAGAGCAACAAAGCAGCACAAAAAGAACCAAAAAGAAAAACGAAAAUCAAGACUUCAGCAUGGCCGCAACACCAGCAACCAAAUACCCCGUUGUGCUCGUCACAGUAGCGACGCGCAAGGAGGGUGUCACGCGAGCAGAAUUCUACAAGCAUAACGAGACGUACUAUGCACCUCUGCUCGAGCAAAAAGCAGGAAAAGUGCACCCGCUAGCCUGGAACCGACUGUACCACGUUGACGAAUCAGAAGCGCCCAUAGGGCUGUCGCGCGUGCUGAUUGGUAGCGACAGCGCCGACGACGUCUUCGACUGGGAUUGCAAGGGCGAAAUGGUGUUUGCGGAUGAGUUGCAUUUGCAGCAGUUCAUCACGUUUAUGCAUUCCGAGGAGGCGCUGGUUGUGCUGGCUGAGGAGGAGAAGUUUGCGGAUCCGACCAAGACCAAGCUUUUGGUGAUGAAGAGGGGUGGAUGUGAGAUUGGAUUGUAAGGGGAGAGAUGUGUGGUGUAGAAUAUGGAAACUGGGAUGGGAGAGGAGAAACUCUUUUUUUAUUGGGGGGGGGGGGAGUGUUUUCCUU